GUACAGCGAGCUCUUCCGCUGUACCAACAUGUCCAGUUAUGACAAAGUCGUGAAGCUGGCCUGCAAACCCAAGGCAGCACCUCCAAAGGCAAAAUACUUGGACACAAUCAUUGCCGCAACAUGGUCGGAAGAUGGUGCCGUCCACGAUGUUUGCAAAGCUCUUGCGCCGCGUUUCAGGGAACCCAACAUCGUUGUCGUCUUCAAAGCCUUGAUCGUCUUACAUACGAUGAUACGCAAUGGGGCAACGGAUAAUGUUCUUUCAUAUCUUUCCUCGUCGGAAGUAUUGAGACUGAGGAAUGUUACAGCUGGUAACUGGGAGGGGUAUUCUGCUCCUCAAAAUCUACAGCACUACGCCCUCUACCUCGACUCUCGGAUUCGGGCUUACCGAGACGUUAAGCAUGAUGCCAUCCGAGUUCAGGCCGAAUCCAACCGAGAUAUGCGCAACUCUAAUAAUAUUGAGGAAGACAACGCGUACCGCGGACGCAGUAACGGGCGGUCAAAUGCAUCAACACCUUCCAGAAGUAAAACGAUCGUGGGACGCAAGUUGCGGGUGAUGACGGUGGAGAAAGGAUUACUUAGAGAGACAAAAGCGGUUCAUAAUAUGAUUGAUACUCUGGUUGAAUGUCGAUUCUACCUGGACGAUUUAGAAGAUGAGCUCACUACGACUGCGCUACGAAUGUUAGUCAAGGACCUUUUAAUUCUCUUCCAAGCCGGUAACGAGGGUGUCAUCAACGUGCUCGAACAUUACUUCGAAAUGUCGCAUGUAGAUGCUCAAGAGGCGCUCUCAAUUUACCGGCAUUUCUGCAAACAGACUGAGAAGGUCGUCGAAUAUCUCGGUGUUGCCAAAAAAUUACAAAACUUGCUGAAUGUCCCGAUCCCGAACCUCAAACAUGCACCCGUCUCACUCGCCGGGGCUCUUGAAGAAUAUCUCAAAGACCCCAAUUUUGAACAAAACCGUAUCGAGUAUAAGACAAAUAAGGAAGCUUCCGAACGUCCACUUCGAAACGGAACCAAGAAGUCUGCUCAGAGAGAAUCAUCCCCGAUACCACCAUUACCAACAUCUCCUUCUUCCUCUUCCGCACCUCCACCUACUUCCACGUCGACAUCUGACACCGAGAUCGACUCGAAGCCUCAAAAUGUUGUCGACUUCUUUACGACCAUCGAGGAAGAGCAGCCCACUAUGUUCAACCCUCAGACUAAUAGCCCUAGUACCGCGUAUUUCCAGCAGCAACAAGCUUCGAAUCCCUUUGCACUGAGACAGAUGCAAAUGGCAAUAGGGCAACCCUUUGGACUGCAGCCCCAAGGAAGUGGAUACCUUUCGCCUCAACAGACCGCCUUCCAGCAAGCGCCGAAUCCAUUUGGCCUGCAACCCCAACAUAUACAAGCGCAGCCAACUGGUCACCGACCGUUCUCUUCAUUUAUACCACAGAACAACAGCCUCCAGCUUCCUCAACAGACCGGAUUUCUACAGCCGCAGGCGACAGGGUCGAAUCCAUUCAGGCAGAGUGUUCUGAUGCAGCAAACAACGGGUAUCACUUCGUUUGGGGUUGGAGGAGGUAGCGGUCAUUUUGGAAUGCAAGGGCCACCAGCUCAAUCCCAGCAACCGAACACAGGCGCCUUCCAAAAUAUGAUGGGUGGACUUGGACAGAGCCAAGGGAUGUCUGCAUGGGGUAGCAACAACCAGCAACCACAGCAACCUGCUAUGCUGUCGUCCGCAUCUGCCUUUUCGCCAUCUACAACACCUUUUUCGCAACCGAGCGUGCCGGCGCGACCAGCAUCCACCCCACUGACUGCAAUGCCAGCUUCCAUUAGGUCUUCAUCCCCUCCUGUCGCACAGCCUGUAAAAGCGCAUCAAACUGGGACAAAGAAUCCUUUCGGUCCGAUAACACAACCCCCUCCGCCCCCCGUCCCAAAGCAACCCACGCUCAUGGAAUUAGCAAUGGGUAUGAAUAACGUCAAUCUUGGCCCUCAGCAGUCCCAACAACAGCAGCAAAAUAUUUCUCCGCAACAACAGCAGUCCUCAUCAUCCGGAGCGAAUGGUUUUAAUUUUUCCACUGGUGCGCUAAGCCCUGGUGUUACAGAUAUGUCGGGUGUCGCCUCAUCGUUUACUUUCACCCAACCUAACGCGAGCAGUGAUAAUACCCUUUCCACCUCUUCUUUCCCUCCUCUUAGCUCUCAAAACACCUCUACAACCACAUCAGGAUCAACAUUCUCCGAUUCUUUGUUUUCAUCUUCACUCUCGAAUCAACCCACGGGGGCGACAAAUUUAUCUACAAUACCAUCAGGCUCAGUUACUUCCCCACUCAAGAGUCAAAUGACCGGAUUUAGCGGCAUAAAGCCAUUCAAACCAUCCUCAUCAUUUGGUGCAUCAUUGCUUGACUCUCUUCCUCCUGUACCCGGUUCUCCACCAACGACGCCUGUUAUUAUGGGCGGCCCGACAUCGGUACAAGGUGGCGGCUCAACAACGAUGGGCGCCCUGAAUAGUCAACGACCAGGUUCGGCCUCUGGUCCCACCUCGGGCUCGACAAUAGGCCAGGGAUUACGACCGCAUCUGACCGGAAAUCCUACCGCAAACCCAUUCAGAGCAACUAUGUUCUCUACAACAGGUGGCAUGAACCCUGAAGCGGGGACCUCAUUUUCUGCUUUUGCAAGCCAGCCAACGGGGCUCAACUCUGGUGGACUUGGAGGGUCUGGUACGUUUGGAGGUGGAAGUGGAUUGCCUAAUUCUUCAACGAGCAGCGGCUUGUCUGGGAUGUCCUUGGGAUUGGGUGGCAAUCCUCCUUUUGGAUCAUUCAUUAUGCAGCAGCAGCAGCAGCAGCAACGACAACAACAACAGAGUGCUUCAUCUUUAAUUUAGUUUCAUUACACUUCCAUGCGUUCUUUCUUUGAUGGUCUCCGACGUCGUUCUCUGCUUUCUCAAUGUUGGCAGUUCCACCUCCCACUCUAAGUUUUAUCCUUUGAUAUCCCUUCUUUUUUUUUACUCCUGAACAACGUUUAUUUGUUUUAUCUUGCGAUCGUAUAAUUUUAUAUGGGACUGGUCAGCAUCUAUUAUCGUGUAAAAGCUCAUAUACAUCGUUAAUGCAGGUCACUGCAAUGUGCACUUUGCAUUGUUAAAGAACAAUCCUCCG